UGGCAGCAGCAACAACACUUGUGGGCAAAGUUAUAAAGAUUUUGGUAAAGCAUCAACAGCGUUGACGCUAUGGCAACAGUAAUACCACCGACCUCAAAUGUAGAGGCCGCCUAUGAAGACAUGUUUAAAGAAAUCACAAGAAAAUUAUAUGGAGAAGAGACCGGAAAUGGCUUGCAUACAUUAGGCACCCCUGUAGCACAGGUGGCGACCACAGGACCCACAGCGGCACCAGAAGGUGAACAGAGAUCAUUUACAAAUUUGCAAAUUGAUCGUUCUACUCAGCCAACUAUUGAGUAUGAACACAAUGCGGGCAACGUGGUUGGCACCCCAACUGCAGGUUCGACAACAUCAGCAGCUGCGGCAGCUGCCAUUGCGGCCGCAACAACCCAGCAAAAUGCCACAAAUGUGGUGAUUCAGCAACAACCCGAGGGCUCUGUCGUCGUUACCACAACGACAAGUGCAGGUGGCAAUUUCAAAUCGGAAGAUCAUCUGAGUACUGCAUUCGGUUUGGCAGCAUUAAUGCAACAGAAUGGAUUCGCAACAACCACCGGAACAAUUUUAAGCAGUCAAGCCAUAAAUAAGGUCAUAACCACGGCUGCUGGUAGUCAGCAAACACAACAGCAGCAAAUGUCAGCUGGCGAUCAACAGCAACAGAAUUGGAAUGAGGGCGGCCAGGAACAACAGCAGCAGCAACAACAGUCCCAAUCGGCGCCUACUACCCAAAUCGUUCAAUGGACAACAACUCCGAGCGGUAAACUUCAAAGUUAUUCCACCACAACUGCACAGCCUCAAACUCAGCAGCAACCACAACAGCCGCAACAACAGGUCUCAACUCCUAAGUCCAAAAAUAAAAAUCGAAAUGACCCAAGUUCUUCGCCAUCCAACAAUACGGCCGAAGUCAUAUACACUAGUCCCACAGCGUCAGGCAAUAACAUAAGUCAACAGCAAACCCCUCAAAGCAGUGCAAACACGUCUAGUUCAUCGACCACCUCCACAAGUUCUUCGGGGGGUAGUUCCGGAGGCAGCAGCAGCCGGAAAAAGUCCCAUCAUAAUCAAAACAACCAGAACAGUAACAACAAUGGGCAGCCACAGGUGCAAAAACGAUACGCAUGCACCCAUUGUCCCUAUUCGACGGACCGCCGAGAUUUGUAUACACGUCACGAAAACAUCCACAAGGAUGAGAAACCAUUUCAAUGCUACGCUUGCCUCAAGCAAUUCAAUCGUGCCGAUCAUGUCAAGAAACACUUCCUCCGAAUGCAUCGCGAAAUGCAGUACGACAUUAACAAGACUCGACGCCAUGUGCCGUCGAGCAGUUCGAGCGGUGGUCAUCACCACGGCGGCGGCCGAAGCAAUGUCACCAUCACAGCGGUAAAUACUAGUCCUAGUAAUUUACAUAAUGACGGCAAUGCCAUUGAACAAAAACCUAUAAUCUUCCAGACACAGGCGAAUGUCAAUUUGGAACAAGCCUUCUUGGAACAACAGCGUCAGCCCACGUCGUCAAGUCUCAGUAUAGCAGAAACAAUCGAGGCUGUGGCCACAGCUACCGAUGUACCACUACCCCAGCUAAAGCAGGAGAAAAACGACGAUGGAACAUUAGUGGGCGGCCAAACAGCCAGUGUGAAGCCAAAGAGGGAGAAACGUUUCACAUGCUGUUAUUGCCCUUGGUCUGGUGCUGACAAAUGGGGCUUAAAGAGGCAUUUGAAUACCCAUACAAAACCAUUUGUAUGCCUUUUGUGCGACUACAAGGCCGCCAGAUCGGAGCGUUUGGCAACACACGUACUGAAGGUGCACAACAAGAGGGCAUGCAACAAAUGCUCAUUCCUAGGAGACUCUUUGGAGGAAUACCAGCAACAUUUGAAUGAAGUGCAUCCGACAGCACCAUCGUCUCGUAGCACAAGCUCUUCAAACAAUACCAAUAACACAACUACUAACAAUAACUCCUCCAAUAAUCUGAAUGUUCUGCGUACCAUUGGUAACACCCUAGGAAACAAUAACCAACUAAACCAAUUUCAGAAUAACAAUUUUAGUGUUAACAACGUCUCGACAACAGCAAAUGGAAAUUCGGUCACAAUCUAUACCACCACCACAACCGAUAACCAGGGUGGUAACAUAACGGCAGGAGGUCCCUUGCAAGAGAUCAUUGUAAAUCCCACAUCAAUGGUGGGCUGGCGGCUGAGUGCUAACGGGUCUUUGAUACCCCCUCAUGAUCUGUUAACAGGAGGUCUGCCAAAUGCAGCAACGCAGAAACGGGGAUCAGAGCGUUUAUUUCAGUAUCUUGAAGCGGAUGGAAGUGAUCCGGAGGACUAUGCGCGUCUUUUGAAAAUGGACGCUAUUAGUCGCAACACUGCUUCUGUCGCUCAGGAUUUUCAUAAGGCGGGAGGCGUGCAAGAGUUGAAACUUCCAGCGAAUCAUCAACUCCUGUUUAAUAAUAAACUGCCCUCACAGUGGACGACUAAAGAAGCAGCUGCGUUGUUGCAAAGUCUAAGCAAUGCCAACAACUUAAGCUAUGUCUACCAGCAGAAACAGCGUUCCAAACAUGCACAUCAUCAGAAUGGAUUCAUGCGCCAACGGCAACAGUCCCAUGGCGACGACAGCGAGAAUACACCAUCGUCGGAUACGUCGACAAUCAGCUUAAGCGAUGACUUGUCACCAUUGAAGGUGGAACGACCGAAAGCGUACGGCCAACUUACACCAGGCGAGCAGAGAAAACUUAUCUCGUCGACAUUCUUACAGGACUCAUUUUCGAAUUCUUCGGAACAUCAUGGUCUAGACAGCAGCAGUAGCAGCAGCAACAACAACAGCCAUCAUUAUCAUGAUGAUCAAGAGAAUCAAGAGCAGCUUAUUAGAUCAAAUAAUAACAACACUAACAAUAACAACACCUUGAAUAACAACAAUAUCCAACAGCAGCAUCGUGUCGAUCUGCACAACAAGGAAAACAACAACAACGUAACAUUCCUUACACAGAUGGAAUUCCAAAAUCUCAAUAAAAUUGGUACACAAUUCCAAAAUUAUGUCAAAGACAUUAUAAGCAAAUACUAUGCAGCCGACACGCCAGUCAUGUUCCCCAAUAUGCCCAUACCAACGGCCACUGCUCAACAGAGUCAACAACGACAGGCCAGUCAAGUUUCGCCGAAACGUAAGCGUCUAUUAAGCGAAACUGAGGAAUACAUAGAGUACUUGAAGAACAAGGAAGACAUCACCUUAACCAUAACACCCAAGCUAGUUGACAACAGCAUUCAACAGCAACCACCACCACCACCUACACAGUACACAAAACCACCACUGUCGCCAUUAAAGAGAGAACGUGAUCUAGCUUCCGAUUCCUAUAGGAGGCAUUCGCCCAAAAAGUCCAUGAUAGUCACAUCCACUCCACAGGCUCCAAGUCAAAAGUCUUGCAAGAAAUCGAUAUCCCAACUAGCCACCUUGUUGCCAUUGUUGGCUGACGCUGCUUCACAGCAGCAAUACUUAACGGCUCCCUUGGACUUUAGUAAGAAGUCUUCAUCGCGCAAACAAGCACAGCCUAAGAAAAUGCGUCUCUCACCAGAUCUGGUUGUCGCUGCACUUCGAGAUAAGUAUCUAAAUCGUAUGGUCGAUCGCAUGAAUAAAAUGAGCUGUGCGGACUGCGUGAAAAUGAGGAGAACUUCAAUGUUGGUCUUCAACUACCACACAAAAGCCUCGUUAUGCCUACAUCGUCUCUGGAAACAUGCAGAAAAGCCAACUAAGUGCAACAAAUGUGGCGAGAAGUUUAGAAAAAAAUUUAGUUUAAUGUUGCACGUGAUGCGGUCACAUAAAAAGACCACAAUCAAGGAAAAUAAAUGUGCAGUUAUUUCUAAUAGAAAGGAUUUCGACCAUUAA